AUGGACGUGGGCAGUCCCCAGCACCAGGACGCGUACCACCAACUGCAGACAUCGCGCGCGCAGCAAACUCCGUCCAGCUCCAGCGCGUCGGCUCACGUCGAGACAGGCGCGCGUAACAUGGCGCUCCGAGGAGGCCCCGACCCCACCAUCGCAAGUAAGCGCGACGAAUCCGCCGAUUUCCGUGUCGUAUCUCUUCCAGCCACGCAGCGACAGCGCAAUUUGCCCGAUAACGCGCCGCCCGAGUUCUGCUCCAAUGUGGUCAUCACGUCCAAGUACACGACGUGGAACUUCCUGCCGCUCUUCAUGCUCGAGAGCUUCCGCAAACUGGCCAACGCCUACUUCCUACUUGUGUCCAUCCUCCAGUGUAUCCGAAGUAUCAGUAACACCAACGGUCUGCCCUCUAAUCUGCCUGUUCUCGUCUUCAUCCUGGCCGUGGACGGCGUGCUCGCUGUCAUUGAGGACCGCAGACGACACCUCGCAGACAAAGAGGCCAACUCGGCCCAAUGUCACGUCCUCAAGGAGACGUUUACAGGCACAUCAGAUGCGCUCAACCGUGCGGGAGGCGUGGAUGACCCAGACAUCGCACUUAUGCACUGGGCCGCUCUGACAGUUGGCUCGGUAGUGAAGCUCCACAACCGAGAGACAGCCCCCGCUGACUUAUUGAUUCUAGCGGUUGCCGAGCCUAAUCCUAGUGAACCCGCAGGCAUUUGCUACGUGGAGACCAAGAGUCUGGAUGGAGAGACGAACCUCAAGCUGCGUCACGCCUGCGACGCCACGCUGCACGUCCGAACUGCAGCUCAAGUGGCUGCUUUGGGCGGUCAACUGCGCUGCGAGAACCCUAACAAGGCCAUCGGGCGCUUCGACGGUACGUUAUCCAUCACGGAAGGAACGAAAGCGACAGAGACGCACCCGCAGCCUAUCGCUAUCAAGAACGUGCUGCUUCGUGGCUGUCAACUGCGUAAUACCGACUGGAUCUACGGCCUCGUGGUGAACACUGGAUCAGACACCAAGAUCAUGCAGAGCGCGACGGCCACACGCCCCAAGUGGAGCUCGAUCAACGAGACAGUCAACAAGAUGAUCAUCUGGCUCUUCCUGCUGCUCUGUUUCCUGUGCAUUAUCGCCACAACCGUGCAGGUGAUCUGGCUCAACAGCAACAUCGAAGAGAGCUGGUACUUGAGCUGGUCGCCCAGCAUGACAAGCCAGUGGUUCAUUGGCUUUGGCUACUACUUUUUACUCAUGUAUCAGAUGAUCCCUGUGUCUCUGUAUGUGACGAUCUCAAUGGUCAUGUUUAUCCAGGCGAUCUUCAUGACCUGGGACUUGGAUAUGUACUACGAAGAAGCUGAUGUGCGCAUGAUCGUCCGAUCUAUGGGACUCAAUGAGGAACUGGGCCAGAUCUCGUACGUGUUUAGCGACAAGACCGGCACUCUGACCUGUAACGUCAUGGAGUUCCGUAAGUGCUCCAUCAACGGCGUCUCGUACGGUACCGGAAUGACGGAGAUUGGUCGCGCUGCUCUUCGUCGAAAGGGAGUCGUGGUGCCAGCAGAGACAGAGCCAGACCCAGCCACACGUCGAGCCAAGAUCCCGUACGUCAAUUUCGAGGACGUACGUUUGUUCAACGCGUUGGAGAGGCCAAUUACGGACGACACACCGAACCGGGAGGCAGAGUUCUUUCUGCAUCUGAGUCUGUGCCAGACUGUCAUCCCUGAGACGGUGGAAGGCAGCUCGGAAAUGCGUUUCUCGGCAUCGUCGCCAGAUGAGCAGGCGUUGGUGUCAGGUGCAAAGUUCUUCGGCUUUAGCUUUGAAUCCCGUGGCCUGGGUGUUGCGCGUGUGCGCGUGAAGCGUCCAGAAUUGAUCCGUCGCUAUGCGAACGGCGCUACCGAGCCGAACACGUUGUUGGAGUUCAAGAUCUUGGACGUUCUGGAGUUUACGAGUGACCGCAAGCGUAUGUCAGUGGUGGUGCAGUAUCCCAACGGAGAGUACUGGGUGCUCACGAAGGGCGCUGACAAUGUGAUUUAUCCCAUGCUGGCUAAGGGCAAGAGUGACCCAGAAAUGAUGAAGGAGACGAUGCGCCACUUGGAGACUUUCGGAGAUGAUGGGCUCCGUACACUUACGAUCGCUCAGCGUCGUGUGGACGAGAAGGAAUAUCUAAACUGGAGCGCUCGCUUUAAGGAAGCCAACUCGUCUUUGGAGGAAAUUGACAAGCGCAAGAACGGCCAGCCGAACGAGAUUGACAAGCUCAUGACGGAGAUCGAGCGUGACUUGGAGCUCUUGGGUGCCACAGCUAUUGAGGACAAGCUGCAGAACAAUGUGCCCAGCUGCAUCGCCAACCUCAUGCGUGCUGGUAUGCGCGUGUGGAUGCUGACUGGAGACAAACAGGAGACGGCCAUCAACAUUUCGUAUGCUUGCCAGCUCAUGGACAACGACAUGCAGCAGUUUAUCUUCAACUGCGACUUGUACCCGACCAAGGACGCCAUUCUGUCGCAUUUAUCUGACGCGAAUGCACAGGUCCAACGCGGCAGUGGUCGCCACGCUGUAGUUAUUGACGGCGAGUGCUUGGAAUUGACACUGGCAGACGAGGGAUGCCCAGCCAGGAGUUCUUGGCCGCUCGAAGGAAUGCAGGCUGUGAACUCGAGUGACUACGCUAUCGGCCAGUUCUACUUCUUGGAGAAGCUCUUGCUGCACCACGGUCGUCUGAACUACAAGCGCAUGUCCAUUCUGGCUGGCUACAUGUUCUACAAGAAUAUCGUGAUGGUGCUGGCGCAGUACUUUUACAUGUUUUGCACGGGCUCGUCUGGUCAGAAGUUCUACGGUGAGUUGGGCUUCCAGCUGUACAAUAUUGCCUACACUUCAUUACCCAUUAUUAUGCUGGGCGUGUUCGACUACGAUGUGCCGUUUGAAGUGGGUAGACACUUUCCAGAGCUGUACCUGGUGGGUCCGCGUAUGGAGCUGUUCAACAACUAUACGUUCUUCAAGUGGAUCUGCAGUGCCAUCUACGAGGCAGCUGUCAUCUUCGUGUUCGUUGUGUACGCGUUCAACGAGAACCUCUCCAAUGCUGGCAGUGCACCGAUGGUGCAGUACGGAUUACUCGCGUUCACGAUGGUUGUUCUGGUGGCCAACAUUAAGUUGUGCAUGCUGCAGAUGUCGUGGACUGCUUACGGCACUGUGUUGUUCUUCGUGGGCGUUAUCGCGUACCUGCCGCUUACUCCACUCAUUUCAAGCUACUGGAUCUCCAUGUUCUCGACGGAAUACGGCAGUUUUCAGAACACACUGGGCCAAGAAACGUAUUGGAUGGUCAUCCCCAUCUGUCUGGUGGUUUCUCUCCUUCGUCACUUCACGUGGACAGCCAUCUGUCGUCGCUUCUACCCUGAUCCAUGGCAAAUUGUGCAGGAGAGGUAUGUGCUACACAAUGGCAAGGACGCAAGGCAGAACCGCGCAAUGUCUCGCAUCGACAUGGAAGCUGGCAUCCCAGUGGUCAACGGAAUGUUGCAGGACGACGAGACUGCGUACAUCAACUCGUCGUCUCCUGGUCGCGGCUACAAUCAGGCACAGGCUCAGUUCGCCGGCAAGACUCGAGGAUCUGGCAGUGGAUUCGCCUUCAGCUACGACCCGCAGACUUCUCUGGCCGAGUCGUACAUGUCAACACACGACGUGCGUCAAUCAGCGUCGGCCAUGCACGAGGCAGAACAACGUGGCCGGAGGUCUCGGGAAGACUCGCGAGCGUCGGACUACGAGUCGUCCCAUUCGGCAGCUGUCGUGGACUCCACCAAGGGCUCCUCAUCUACGGGGCUAUUCGUGUAG